AUGCCAUUGAUAUUGCUGGAUACUGCCGGCCUCCCUGCCGUUGACCAGGAUGCUGAUGAUGACCAUGAUGAGACUGACAAGCACACCGAUGUGGCGAAUUUGGAAUAUGAAAAAAUCAUAGCAGAGGCUGGCAAAAAUGUAACCAUACCCUGUCCGGGUGUUACCGAACAUUCUCUGGUGGAUACAUUGGUAUGGAAAACAACCACAACGACGAUAGCUCAGUUUGCCAAUCGUAUACCCCUGCUGCACAGUCCCCGGAUCCAACUACUGUCGGAAAAUUUUGCAUUACAUUUUGCCCCAGCCUUAGCCGUGGAUACGGCUGAAUAUAUUUGUCUGGUAAAUGACCGGCAUAUACCAGAAGCAAUUGUUGAUUUACUGGUACAAGAUGUACCAGAUCCACCUGAACGACCGUUGCUGAUAAGUUUUACUUCACGUUCGGUUAACUUAUCGUGGGCCCAUUCACAGCAUCCACGAAAUGCUCCCGUGACGCAUUUCAUUAUUGAAACACGAGUGGGCGAGAACGGUCAAUGGGAUGAAGUGCCACAAAUACAAACAAAAUCAAAUGUGACAUCGUAUCAAGUCACCGGUUUAGUACCCUUCACCGUCUAUAGCUUUCGUCUGAAAGCAGUCAACAAGCUGGGCAUUAGUCCUCCAUCCAAAGAAUCCUACUACAUAGUGACCUUGCGUGAGG